AUGCUGAAGCCACGGAUUUUGUUCUUCAAUCCUGUUCAGCAUGCACAUGAAGCAUACAAAGCGCUGGCCUCCGUGGCUCAGACAGAGGUGGUAGCUAGCAAGUCACGACAAGAAUUCUUCGAGGACGUUAAGCGCCGAUAUGCAGACAUUGCAGUCAUCUAUCGAACAUCUUCAAGUGGAGCUGUCGCUGGCCGUUUCGACGAGGAAUUUAUUCGAAAGCUACCCUCAACCUUGGGGGUGAUUUGCCACACAGGAGCUGGGUACGAUCAAAUCGACAUCGACGCUUGCACACAACGGGGCAUUCGAGUCACAUACGCGCCUGACCCUGUCACAAAUGCCACAGCUGAUUUGACCUUGUUCCUCAUUCUCGGAGCCGUUCGACAGCUGAAUCCAUCCUUGGUCUCAUUACGUCAAGGGCGUUUCAAGACAGGCCUUGGGUUCGGCCAUGAUCUUGCUGGAAAGACGCUGGGAAUCCUGGGUAUGGGCCGAAUUGGACGGGCGGUUAAAAAAAGGGCAGAACCCUUUGGCAUGAAAAUCAUUUACCAUAAUCGAAGUCGUUCAUACCAUCCCGAGUCAAUGGAUGCGGAGUGUGUCUCUUUCGACGAACUCUUAUCCGCAAGUCAUAUCAUAUCGAUCCAUGUACCCCUUCGAGAAGACACGCGUCAUAUGGUGGGCGCUGAGCAAUUACAAAGGAUGAAAAAUGGCGUGGUGAUUGUCAACACCUCUCGUGGUGCCGUGAUAGAUGAGGCCGCUUUAGCAGCUGCCCUUGACGCAGGAAAGGUGGCUGCGGUGGGCUUGGAUGUUUAUGAGCAUGAGCCAACUGUCCACCCUUCGCUCUUGAGGAAUGAUCGGGCGCUCCUUGUUCCACACUUAGGAACCCACACAAUUGAGACCUUGGCCGCGAUGGAAGGGCUUGCAAUGGAAAAUGCCAGGAGAGCUGUGACGAAACAACCACUUUUGACAAUUGUCCCUGAGCAGAAAGAAUUCGAGGAUUAUCUACAAAGCUUGGAGAAUGGCAAGGCUACGAAUACUGGGUGA